UUCCCCAUCGACUGUACGGGCAGCUGCUCUGAUCGCAGUGGAAAUCUAUAAAUCCCGUGUCCAAUCCUAGUUUUUAUUUAUUAGCAGCCCGCUGUCCGCUCCAGACGGGAGUUACCACACGCAGUUAACCGAACACAACGCCGCGAAACCGCAGGAGUGACUUUAAAAGGCUUAAUUAUUUUAUUUAUGAUUUUGUUGCGGAACUUUUUCGGUGAUAAUCUUAAUCUUAAUCAAGACUUAGAAAGUCUUUGAAAAUCAAAUUCGGAUUCUGGAGAGGACCAGGCAGCGUUAUAAAUUAAAAGGCAGUUACUCAUUGGCUGCGACUCGGAGCCAUUCAUUGUCCUGCGAAAAAUCGAUUUCGGUUAUCCUGCGCCAUUGUGCUGUCAUAUCCCGAGCUUUUGCUUUCGCUUUCGUUUUGGCUGUCGCUUUUGCUUUCACACUGAAGUGAAAACAAAAACGAUUGGCGCCUGCUCCUGGCGCAAUGAGGUCCUUGUAGAAGAGCGCUGGACAAGCCACGAUUUCUCGCAUGAGCCAAGAUGAUUGUUACGUCCACGUCUGGCCUGGAUAGCACUCCCACAUUGGGCACCGUUGAGGUGACCACACUUUUGGGCGCCUUCUUCGGCGUUCUGGUGCUGCUGCUCCUGCUGUUCCUGUACAUCAGUCGCAAGUGCUGUUUCCACUACCGCCAUGCCAUCAACUGUUGCGACGAGCGUCACUUGGCUGCCAAGUGCGUGCAAAAGAUCACGCGCAAGCGGCGCUACGAGAACACCAGCUCUGAUUCCGAGGAGGACAUCCUCCGCCGGCUGCGCUGGCACCAGCAGCAUCAGCUGGGCGGCGGGGAGAAAUCCGGCGGGAGCUAUGGCAUGGGGCUCAGCCAGGCGAAUCCGCUGACGGGUCACAGUUUCAAUUACCAUCAGGCCGGCGCUGACCUGCAGCGUGUGACCGUGACCCGUGACCCGCUGGCCAUCGCCGAGAGGGGCAAGGUCGGCAUCCCCUCGUCGCACAGCGAGUGCAGCUCGAAUGACUCCAUGGAGGCAUCGGUUGACAGUCACACGGGCAUCUUGACAACGGGCGACAGCAAGGCUUCUUACCCGUUGGCCACUUCGUUCCGGAAUCCGUAUGCGGAGCAUCGGGCCAAGACCCAGGCACUCAGGUAUCAGCACAGGGUCGAGGUGGUGCGGCCACCCAAGUUUGACAAGGAGCGGGAUAAUGUGGUGGUGGUGCCGCCUUUGGCUGGCAGUAACAUCAAUAAUAACAACAACAACUCGAAUGCCACCAACAACAAUAAUACCAACAACAGCACCAACAGCAACAACAACAGCAAUAACAACAACAACAACAACGAUGACGAACCCCUUUUCGACACCAGUGACCUGCGAUCCAUCCGAUCGGACGACAUUCUAGUGGUCGGCGGCGAUUCGAAGGCGGCGUCUGCCCCGCGUGGCCCCAUCGAGCUGGAGCUAUCGUUGCUGUACGAUGCACCAAUGCGGAAGAUGACGGUGCACGUGAUGCAGGCGAGGAGUCUGCCGCCGCUGGCCAGCGGACAGCCGACGCACACACAGGUGCGCAUGCUGAUGCUGCCGAACAAGAAGCAGAAGCACAAGACCAAGAUCCGCAGCGGCGAGAACCCGCAGUACAUGGAGAGUUUCCUGCUGCAUCGCGUCAACCCGGAGGAUGUGAACAACAUGGGCCUGCGCGUCCGCCUGUACGGAUGCGAGCGUCUGCGCAAGGAGCGGCUGAUUGGCGAGGCCUAUGUGAGCUUCGCCACCGUGGACCUGGAGCUGGAGACGAACCUGUGGCUGCCGCUGGAGCCGCGCAACAACUCCUCUGUGCUGGGCUCAACCAGUGACCUGUUGAGCCUUGCCCGAUCAGAGAGCGCCGGCUCCACAUCGUCCAUGCAGCACGGCGGCGUCUCGGAGCUGCUGCUCGGCCUUAGCUACAACGGCGUGACCGGGCGUCUAAGUGUGGAGAUCAUCAAGGGCAGCCAGUUCCGCAGCUUGUCGCUGAACAAGGCGCCGGACACGUAUGUGAAGAUGGUGAUGGUCAGCAGCAUCGGGCAGGAGAUCUCCCGGGCCAAGACCUCCGUGCGACGAGGCCAGCCCAAUCCUCUGUUUAAGGAGACGUUCGCCUUUCAGGUGGCGCUUUUCCAACUCAACGACGUCACGCUGAUGAUAUCUGUGUACGCCAAGCGGCACAUGAAGAAGAACGAGAUGGUCGGUUGGUUCAGCCUCGGGUUGAACUCAUCCGGAUCCGCGGAGGUUGCCCACUGGGCGGACGUGUGCGAGAUGCCCAAGGGCGAGAUGCUCGCCCGCUGGCACGUGCUGGUGGACUCCUGAUUCGAGCAGCUGGGCCAGUCCUCGGGACGCAGCAGCAAGGCCCUCCGCAAGCUGGGCCUAGCUGCGUUCAAGGACCGGUCCGGCGAGAAAACGGCAUCAAAGGAGUCGCAUCCGGACGACGACGAAGGCGGCGAUCAAUUCCCUGCAGACAAUGCGGUUGCAGUCGAUAUUGAGCCGGGCCUGGAGCUCGACUUUGUCUAGAUCAGCAUGUCUGGACUCUGUCUGGAGCGAUCAGUGUUUGUGAUUUGUUUUUACGAGGGGCGACGUACGCGACGCACCCGAACCAGGGUGAGACCGACCGGCUCAGCUCGGUCGGAUCAUCCGCUCGAUCUGGGCCAAACUGGGCCACAAAAAAUAUUUGUAAUUUGGAAACCAUUUGGCACACGUCUCCUCAAGAGAGAGACGUGGAAAAAAAAGAAGAAAAACUCAAAAACAGAACCUAGAAUAUCGAAAUUUUAUACGCAAUGGCACUUUGAGGUGCAUCCAAGUACUUAACUUAUUACUCGAAAUUUGAAAUUUAUGAUUGUUUGUGAUAAAAGGAAUAUACUAUAUAUGAAUAACCGGCGGACGGUGAGUGGAAUUUUUGUAAUUAAAAACCUUUCUGCAUUCUUAUCUUCAAAUAUUAAGCCCAAAAAAUGUCUUUUAAGACUAGCACUUUUUUAAUACCAACAAAAUAUGAAAAGCAAAGAGAAUAUUGAAGAUAAAUAGGAACAAUUGUAGUUGAUACAAACAUAUAGACAUCUCAUACCUGCAAACUAACAUAACUAACUACCUUGUGAUUUGUGAGCAAGAGCCAUCGCAUCAUGACCCUACAUGAGCAUGUUCCAGAGCAGGGGGAGAAGAUACAAACAUAAAUAUCGGUACCUUAGAAUUCAAACGCACAAAGAUCUAUUGUACAAGCGAAGGGCAGUUGAGGAGCAGCUACAGAAGAUGCUACAGUUGAUGAAGAAACAAUUGGAUUCCCUCAGAGAGUAGGGAGGCAGAGAUUUUACUAGAGCCCAGUUGGGCCGGCAGGUUUUGGAGUUGGCUUGGAGAGACGCUAGAGAGUCGCCAGGAACGGUGUUUAUGCAUACAUAAGUAUAACUUAUACACGAGAAAUGAAAAGCUUUAAUAAAUAUCGGAACUAAUUUAUUUUUUAAUUCAAGUUAAAUCAAAGAACCCAAAAACUACGCAUAUUAAGCCACACUGCAGUGCUCAUCGUCGUGCAGCAAGGAACUUAGUAUUCAUUUUUACGUACAACAUAUGGAUGUGUACUAUUUUGUAUUGCAUAGUAUUUAUAUCUUUUAACAAAUCUGUAUGUUUUGAGUGUCGAAUAUUGUGUGUGUUUGUUCGUUCGUUGUUACAACAAAUGCGAUGAUGAUAUAUAAGCCUAAAUCUACUUACAAACCCACUUUGGAUGGAGCGACUGCUGGGUGACUAAUCCACUAAUCGAGGGCACUAAACGAGACAGUAUUACACAGUUCCAGAACUUAAGCGGGAGUCCCAAAGUGCGGACUAAAUGUCAAGUAUUUCAGACUC